AUUGAGCGUAUCGUAUCGGGCGAAUUCUAAAACUUUAAUUGCUGUCGUAGCUUGAGCACACGCCUGCUUUUGCCCAAUGAUAAAUAAUUUGCCGCAAUUUGUCUGUGAAAAGUGGCAGGCAGUAUUAUCAGUCGACAAAUGUAUGAAUGUUAACACGAAAAUAACAUUAUUCCAGAGCGCACUGAUAAAGGCCGGCAAGUAAAAAACUGAAAACUGAAACUACACAAUGUCCGAGAGUCAGCAGCCAGUGCUUAGUAGAACUCAGACAUCCGCCGACUACGGCAGCACGAUCCGGACGGAAUCGCCACGCCGACCCACAUUUAUUCCGAUUGAAUAUCCGCGUCGCUAUUCGAAAAUGGCCCACGGCACCCUGUCCGGCCACGAGGCCCAGAAUCGCCUCCAGAGACUGGAGUACUUCCUCAACGUUCUCAACCAGAUGUGCAUUGGAUUUAUCACCAUCUACAUUUCCUACCUGACGCUGCGAACGGGGCUCUCGGGCACGGGUCUGCAUGCCUGGCUGGUGACCAUCGGGUUCUCCUUCUUCAUGGCCGAGGGCGUCAUGAUCCACUACGGCGGCAACGUGCUGACAAAUGGAUACAAGCGCCAGACGAAGACCACCAUCCACUGGGUGCUCCUCACUUUGGGAGGCGGUUGCGGGGCAUCUGGUGCCCUUAUCAAGAUGAUUCAAAAGGGCUUUUUGCUGCAAUCGACACAUGGGAGACUGGGGAUGACCGCCUUCGUACUGUGCAUUCUGGCCAUGUCCUCCGGCCUGGCGGCACUUUUCUCCGGCCGCAUCAAGAAGCUAAUCACGCCACUGCUGAACAAGACGUUCCACAACUUCCUGGGAUUCGCGUGCUUUGUGAUCGCACUGGUGACCCAGUACUAUGGCUACCAGACGGGCUACUUUAAGAGCCGCAGCGAGACGGAUUUCCAAAUCCUGAUGAAGUGCCUCACCCUCAUAUCGUUGGUCCUGUCGAGCUACGGACCGAUGAAGGCACUCUAUCAGAAAUGCAAAAAUAUAUCCCAACAGUUUUAGAUAGGAUGAAAAGAAUCACUCGAAUGUACGUAGAUAAAUAAAUGUAAUUUUUUCUAAAACCCCAUUUUUUCAUCCUAUCCAACUAUACCUAGAACAACUCACAAUUUUAUACCUGAAUAUUUGUAUAACGUGCAAUCCAUAAACAUGACUAAGUAUUUUAACAAUGCCUCAUUAGGGAAACCCCGGUUAACCAGCGGUCAGACUUUCAAUUUGGUUAAAUUUAAGUUGAACCACUCACUCAAAAAGCCAGCAUUUGAAUUAAUCAAUCAAAAUGAUGAUCACCUGAUAAUUAUAGUUAUACAAUUAUACAUUUUCCUAUAACAUAAAAAAUCAUUAAAAAAUCCAAAACCUGCCCGGA